AUCUAACCUAUAACGGCGAUUAAUCCAAUCACAAAAACAGAUGGAUUUGUUAACAAUUUGGCAACAUUACUUUAAAAUGGCUCUAUGUAACCAUGUAUUUUUACAGUGUGUCUCAAAAAUUCUUCGUCAUUGCUGGAUCUCACCGUUGCUAGGUUCACUCACAUGGGAUGAGCACGUGUGCACGUGGGACACUUUUCUGCAAACGUUGGCAACAGUCCUGCCCAAUCUACCCGCUCAAAUUCUUUUGUUUCGCGGAAAUUUUCGUCCUUGAUCAAUCUCCAUCAUCAUUGUUACCGUGUUACGUUACGUUACGUGUUCGUGUUUGUUUCUUAAUUAAAUGUGGUGCUAUUAAUGCUAUUAUUGAAACUAAACUAUGGAAGUGGAUGUGGAAGAAGAAGAGAUACAACUUCACCUAUCCUCGAACGAUGAUUCCUGCAGUUCAAACCAACCGCAGCAGCGAAACCUUACUGUAGAAGUAGAAAUUCACGCUCCUCCAACCAAGAGUAGACAUUCAGAGGAAGUUCAUGGUCCUUCAAAAGCCAGUUCAGAUGAACUAAGCGACAUUUUAAAAAAGCAUAAGCUUUCCCUUAUCGUCGAUGAAUCCACUGACAAAGGCGACUCAAAAAACCUUGUUCUAGCCACUAGGUAUUUCGGCAGUAAAGUGUGCGAUGCCAGAGAUAGAUUCUUUGAUUUAAUUACUCUCCCUAAAGGUAAAGCAGAUCAUGUAUCUCUUUAUAAUUCAGUUAAAACGUCAUUUGAGCAGAAAGAUGUUCCUUAUAAAGAAAACUUGAUUGGGUUUGGUGCUGAUGGUUGUAAUGUUAUGCAUGGCUGUCACCAUUCAGUUAAAACUUUGUUAAUGAAGGAUUGUCCUUUUCCUUUUACGUCAACAUGUAUUUGCCAUUCUUUUGCAUUGUGCGUAAAUAAAGGGGUUGCAGAGCUCCCUAGACAUUCAGAAGAUUGCUUACGAGACUUUUGCAAUUUUAUUAAAAAUAGUGCCAUCAGAUAUGCGCAUUUGAAGGCGUAUCAGGUUAUAUGUGAGCUUAAACCAAAUAAAAUGUUGAAAAAAGUAGACACUCGAUGGCUGUCAUUAGGAGAUGUUAUGGCCCGGGUUAUCCGUUAUGAU